UUUUUUGUUUUCGUUAUCUCUUUCCGCAAAUGCGCGCCGAACGCUACGUAGCUGUCGUUUCGGCUGCGAAAUUUUGAGGUUAGGGCGGCGUACGCUUGUCAAAUUUGGAGCGACUAAUGUACACACACACACACACACACAUAUAUAUAUAUAUAUAUAUAUAUAUAUAUAUGUGUGUGUGUGUGUGUUGUAGUUGACGCAGACUGCUAUCUCUGCGUCGCACGCCAUAUAGAAAAGUGUAGCACUGUAUCUUAUAAGAGCCUCUGUUUUGGUUUUGCUAUGCCGCUUAUGCGUUGCCGGACAUAAUGUGCAUCGGCUGUUUAUGAGCACGAGGACAAUGCUAUAUAUACCUACCUAUACCUAUACAUUGCGAUGUGUUUACUUACUGCCACGCUGCUGAUCAGUAAUGCAUGCAACAGAUUCCUAUCUUUGAACUGUGUUACUGACAUCAGAAAGUUUAAACAUUUUAACGAGAUAAAUUUAAAUGAUCAUUACGAAUUAUUUAAUUUUUUUUUAUUUGAAUAAAACGUGCGAUUCAGGUAAAGAUUGCGUCACGAUUUGCUGAUGCCUGUUGCGAAAAUACCUUUACAUAGCUAUUGUCACUUACGUAAUUUUGCUUCUGACCAGAAAUAGAUCAAUAAAAUAAAUAAUAAUAAUAAUAUCGCUUGUUGCACUAUGGCUUAUCGCCGCGCUAAAAAUAAGUUUUUGGAGCUGAAAAUUCUUGAGUAAUCUUCAAGUUGUUAGACAUGACAAACGUUAUCACAAAAAUGCUCCCUUUGCACUAUCACGCCGAGGCCUUAAACAUACAUACUCUUGAUAACUUUUUUCCAUAGAGCCUCGCGUAUUUUUCGUAUCUUGAAUUUAUCGACUUGCGCGUGGAAGCACGUGUUUUACUUAGCGUUACAAACGUAAGAUGUGCAUAGGGUUCGUAAUUUUUUAUCAGCAACUCAUUCAUAUUUUUUUUAUCUUUCCGCCGAUUGUGUAAUUUUUCUCCCGCUCAAAGUAGGCCUAGCGCGUUUCGUUCGCGACGGGGAGGAGCUUUUUUCUAUUAACAAAAUCGCUGCUUGCCUAAGCGACAGCGCUGUUACGCAGUGGCUAUGAGCUAAUGGCAUACGCAGAAAGUGCCUCGACGCAACUGAGAAUAUUCAUGACUUGCACGGGCACGUAUAUAGAUGUGUCAGCGUACAGGCCAAUACUAUAGUACUUAGCGAGCGCAUUUUGAAUUUUAUUCGCGCGCACUAGUGCUAACCAACUUAACAGCUUUCCCGCUUAUCACCGAAACGCAAAUUACGCUACGGCUAUGUUCAAUUACGACUUCCUGCUGGCUCGAUUCAUGCGAGUUCCAAAUCGCAACUGCUAAAAGCACUUAGCUCGAGUCAUCGCGCGCAAGUAGUUCUCUCGUUCUCACAGCUGGAAGAAAUGAACAAAGGAAAACAUUCGCAAAAGAUGGAAGAGCUUGAAGGACCACUACAGGCGCGAGCUCAAAAAGUCCAUGACAGACGCUACGGCUCCGCCCUCGAUCUGGCCGUACUACAAGAAAAUGCGCUUCAUGAAGAGCCAGAUGUUCGUCUCUCUGCGUCGCAAAAACGGCGAGGAUCACUUGGAAAUCCUCAGCGACGACGAGGAGGACGUGAACAAUCAGUGGAACGGCCAUGAGAUUCGCGGCAAGCAGGAGUGCGGCUCUGACACCAUGGACGACUACGAGCUGUCCGAGGAGUACAAUGAGAUGGUCAAGUACGAGCAGCAGAUGCAACAAAUGAACCAGGAAGAGAUGGACGGUACUCAGGAGGAGGAAGAGGAGGAGGAAGAAGACCAGCAGCAGCAGGACGACGAGGAGCAAGAGGAACAAAUGCAGGAGCAGGGAGAGCUGUCUCCCGCACAAUCGAUGCAGGACCAGGAAGAGAUGUCUGCUCUGCAACAGCAGCAGGCCGAACUCUCCGAGUUGUCGAACAUGUCAGGAAUGCAGGGUCAACAGCAGAACGUCAUCACAGCAAACAUUUCGACGAUAGCCGAGAUGGUCGGCAUACCCACGAUCGUCACUACCACUGCGAGUUCCCUCAGCGAGAGGUUGUCCGACAUGCAGCAGCACGGAGAUCUGCAACAGCAAGCUCCGGACAUGACGGACAUGAACGGGGACAUCGGCGGAAUGCAGCAAUCCGGUCGAAUCUCUGCGAUGCAACAGUCGCGAGAUAUCAACGGCGACCUGGCACAACAACUGAAUGCAAGGCACACGGUGCUGCAGCAGAGAGCCGAGGUCAACGGCAGACUCUCGGCCAUUCAGAGGAACGCGGGGAUAACCGUCAGACAGCAGAGGGCGAAUAUCGUGGCGAUGCACGAGCAUGCCGAUAUGACGGCAAUGCAGCAGAGAGAAAGAUCUGAGAUGCAGCGAAGAAACGGAAUGGUGGACAAUGACUCGAACGUGUCGCCUAUUACUGGCGAUGGUGGCAUUUCGGAUGACUACCAUUUCUUCAUGAGUCUCAUGCCCCAUGUGAAAAACUUCACAUCCUUGCAGAAACUCAAAGUUAGACAGCGCAUACAACAGAUCAUCAUCGAAGAAGCAUCUAAUUGCCAGUACGAUCCAUUGGAAAACUGUUGAGACUAGUGCGUAGUGACAGCAAGUGUUUCUAAGUGAGUAUGAGUGACAAGGUGCGUUUAUGUUUCUACAGAGAAUGUAGGUUGUAAAAUAGCAGUUACAUUUAAUAUGUAAUAUGUACUUGUAUAUUGAAUUUUCACUUGAUUUUGAAUGCUUCUCAGUUCAGUGAAAUUAAUUUUUAGCGAUAAGACCAGCCAUUGGGUUUAUCAAAAGAAAGAUGUAAAGAUGUGUGCGAUCUUUGUAGGUUAUAUUCGAUCAGGUUAUAAAUUGAACAUAGCUUUAAAUUCCAAACAGAAAAUCUAUUUCAUUAAAAUAGUUUUACCAAAAAUGACAUGUACAUAAUAUAAUAGAUUUUAUGUAUAUGUUUGACGAGUAAAUAACCUUAAUUCAGUUGAACCAAGCGUUUUCAUAGUUUUUAUGGAUCGUACGCUAGCUAAGUUUAUCCAAAACAAGCUGUCAUGAAGAAAAAAUUUGUUUUACUGUACAAAACCUUGUUAAUACUUAAAAAGUGACAGACUUGUGCAAAAGAAAGCAGAAGAUAGAAAAGCAACCGAGAUUCUGUAAAUUUCCGUUCACGAUAUUAUUGUUAUGAGUAUGCAAUAGCUUUGUGAACCGCAAACUCGAUUUUCACCGUUGUUUCUUUAAAAUCGCCCACCCUCCGACUACUUUCUAAUAAAACGCCGGCCAAUCUCCGCUUCGCUUCCUCUCUCUGAGAUCACGAGCUCGUAGAUCAUCGGCAUCGCUCACCGAAAAUUACACUGCGCGCGCCGAGAGCUAUCCUGAAAUAUUGCCGAUAAAACGUCCGAGUUCAUUUUCUUCGUGAGGAGCGAGCAGCUCGCCGGCUCGAAAAGACUUAGAAAGCGAGGUCAAGACGAAGCGAAAACCCAAAUGAAUGACCAGCGUCUUUUCGACGAUUAGCCGCGCCAAUUCGUUUCGAGAGAUGACAAGUGGAAGACAAACGCUCGAUGAUGAGCGAUUCGAAUAUAAUACAAGUGCGUUACAAUGUGGAGAUAUGACAAAUGAUCCAAAGUGCCGUUGCGAAUCCUUAGGUUGAAGAAUUGCAUGCUUACUUUUUAAUAGCUUUAAAAUCACGGCUGAAAUUUCGCAGUAUUAGCUGUCUGUUAAUGCUUAAGUUUGAUCGGAUUGCACACACUGGAUGAAUAAACGUUUAUUUGAAAAAAAAAAAUUGUUAAAAAAAAAACAUUUUAUAUUUUUGUACCCGAAUGUUACGACAUGCGUAUUAAUUAUUUUUUGUUUCGACGAACUAUAAACUAUAUUUUCAAAAGUGCUCACAUGGAGUAUAUAUUAUUGAAUAAUAAAUUUGUAUGCAACAUUGAUUAAAAUGUUUUCUUCGAAAAUUAAAACGUCCUAAUCUUUAUUAGUAAACGUAAGAGUUUGCAUAUAGAUUGUUGGGUGAUGUGCGAAAUUAAAUAUUGAGAUCUAUAGCGAGUAAGAACUACAGCUACGUUGUAAAUAAAAAAAAUGUUCCAGCAGCUUGCGAGUCUGUAUACAUUAUUACGUUAUAUUAUAAUACGGAUACUACAAAAUUUUAGUUUUCUGUGCAAGUGUCGAUUCUCGCGAGAAAGAAAGGAAAAACAAACAAUGAGACCAUGGGGCAAAGCACUAGCUGUAUGCACCCAUACGCGACACGCGAGAAAAGCUAUUAGGCCGGAAAGGAAGAGGCAAUUCCGGUCUCGCCUGACUCUGACCUUAUCCGUAGCUCUACGCGACGCCGGGUUCAUACGUCAGGUGCAGCCGCCGCAGCCGCAGCAGCAGUAGGCAGCUUGUAUUGCUCGCGAUGAUACCGUAAGAGCAUUAGGUCAACGCACCGAGACAAACCUCUGCUGCAAUUUUGCACGUCUCGCUUCGUCUUUCCUUCCUUUUUUCUCUCUCUCUCUCUCUCUCUCUCUCUCUUUCUCUCUUGCAACGCGAAUAUUGUAUUUUAUAUUGUUCUUAAUUCGUACACCGUAUGAUUUUUAAGUAUAUGGAGCGCUCAGAUGUUUAUUCGAUGUUAUUUCACCGGCGCGACGCAUGCAAAAUAACGGCGAUUUAUUUUUCGCGACUUUUAAUGCGGUGUGUUAUUAUUUUAAUAAAUUAUACGCUCGACGCUGCAGGUCGAGCGAGCGAGUACCUCCUCCUUACGAUUUUUCGUUUUACGUUCCAUUUUUUUACCAUUUGCGCACGGUCGUGUCCCGCACACGAAACUCAUGUACAGAAGAAGAAAAUAGCGUGUAUAGCGUUUGGUUUUUUGUUUGUGCCAAAAAAAAAAUGUCCACGAUUCUCAACAAGUUUUGUCAUGCGAUCACUACCGAUGUCCAUCACGCACACGAUAUCCGAUUUUAUAUUUUAUAAAUAAGAAUAAAGAAUUUCAACACAGAGUAAAAAAAA